AUGAAGAUUAAGGAGCUGAAAAUAGAACUUACCAAGGUCAGAGACUUCAGCAAAAUGAGUGUUGGCCUAGAGCAGUACAUGACUCCGCCAGACAUAGCAGCGUCGAUGGUUAGUGUUAUACAUUCGACCUAUGGUGAUAUUGAAGGAAAGUCCAUCCUGGACUUGUGCUGUGGCACAGGGAUGUUGUCUUUCGCAUGCAGCUAUUUUUCCCCUUCAUACAUCCUGGGGGUUGAUCUGUGUCCAGUAGCCCUAGAGAUAUUCAGACAGAAUAGUCUCGAGUUCCAGAUCAAUGCAGAUCUUUUAAGAUGCUCUAUCGACGACCUUAUCUUUAUCAAUGGGAGAUUCGACACGGCAAUAAUCAAUCCGCCCUUUGGGACGAAGAUAAGGCAUGCAGACACAAGGGCUGUUGACAAGGCGCUGGAGCUCUGUAAUGUAGUGUAUUCCCUUCAUAAGACAAGUACCAGGGAGUACAUGGUCAAAAGAUAUCCAGGGGCAGAGGUUUUGGCAGAGAUCAGAUAUGAGCUCCCAAGAAAGCAUGACUUCCACAAAAAGGACAAGAGAUCUGUUGGCGUUGAUUUUAUUCGAAUCGAAAGACGCUGA